CUCCCCUCAUGUUAUUGUCCCCUAAAAAGAGACUGAUGCAGACUGAGAGAAAAAGAGAUGGCAUAACAAAUUAGAACUGAUUUAGCCCAUGUUGAAAUAAUUCAUUGAAAAUUACAGGAUAUGGAUUCUCCAGUAUGUGUGGUAUGGUAUUUACUAUAUAUUGCUUACUCAAAUGCUUUUACAACGGAAGUGUUAAUUGAUACUGACAGCGUUAUACAGACAAUCCCAGACAGAUUCCUAAGUGUUACCAUAGAUACAGCACAAAUACAGGCAAAUUGGGCAACAUUAAACUUUAGUUCUCCAAAGAUACAGCGUCUAGCUGAAGGACUAGCACCAUGUUAUCUCCGUGUUGGUGGAUCAUCAGCUGACUUUUUACAAUUCAACCCUAGGGUACAGAGAGAGAAAAACAAUCAAAGAUCAGACAAUGAAUAUCUAAAAUUCAAGCCAUAUACAAGGAAAAAUAUACAAUUUGAAGAUGCAUUGGAAAUUCAGAAAUUGAAAAAUUUUACUAUGUCAGGUAAGCAGUGGGAUGAACUUAACCAUUUCGUAGAGCUGGUAGGAUGGGAUCUUAUAUUUGAUUUGAAUGGUCUUUUAAGGCAGAAUGGGAUUUGGCUACCAGAUAAUGCUAAACUAUUGAUGGACUACACAACACAGAAAGGAUAUAAAAUUGCUGGAUGGGAACUUGGCAAUGAGCCUGAUGUUUGGAGAAAUCUUGGUUAUAAUAUAAAUGGUUCUCAGCAUGCAACUGACUAUAGGAUGCUCCACAGUAUUCUGGAUAAGUAUCCACAGUGGAGAAACAGUAUUGUUAUAGGACCAAGUGUUACCAUGAUGUCUAAUAUAUACACAUAUAUGUAUCUAACAGAUUUCCUUGAUGCAGGUGGACCAGACAUUGUUUCUCACACUACAUUCCAUCAUUACUAUGGACAUGGUCCAGACAUGACUAUUGCUAAGUUCAUGGAUCCUAAACUCUUAGACAGUCUAAAACAUCAGAUAAAGUUGGCUCAAGGAUUAGCACCAUAUCCAAAGUAUGGCAAAGUCUGGUUAGGAGAAACAAGUUCAGCCUGGGGAGGAGGAGCUUCUGGUUUGAGUGACAGAUAUGUGGCUGGUUUUAUGUGGUUGGAUAAAUUAGGUGUGUCAGCUUCCUUAGGAAUAGAAGUUGUUAUACGACAAGAUUUUUAUGGAAAUAAUUAUGGAUUGAUUGAUCCAAAGACACUUGAUCCUAAUCCUGACUUAUGGUCAUCUUUCCUGUUUAAAAUAUUAGUUGGAGAAUCUGUACUGAAUGUCACCACGGAUGACCAGUCUGGAAACGUUAGAAUGUAUGCCCACUGUACUAACACCAAAAGAACUAAUUACAAGCCUGGUAGCAUAACAUUAUAUGGAAUGAAUUUGAGAACAGAACCUGCAACAGUUGUAUUCCCACAGUUUAAACCUGAUAUAAAACUUUACCUGUAUAUGAUAGAACCUGUUGGCAUAGAGGGAUUGAAAUCACAGACUGUUGCCUUGAAUGGGAAAACAUUAAAAGUGAGUCCUGAUUUAACCAUGUCACAAGUGACAGACAUUCCUGAAAUAGUUAAUGGAACAUUCACAUUUCCCCAGCAAUCUUUUGGGUUUAUAGUCAUACCAGAUGCUAAUGUUGCUGCAUGUAAAAACAGGAAGUGAAAUUGUAUGUGUUCACUUAACAGAUUUUAUACAAAAUCUCAGAACUGGUACUCACAAUGAUAUACUGUCAUUUGUUUUUUGUCAAUCUAAUUCUGAUGUUUGGAUUGUAGAUAUAUUAGUAGUUCAUUUAUAAUUUGUUGUAAUAUUGUUCUUGUAUUUGA